UCCGUUUCCGGAUGUUAUUCCAGCAGUUAGAAGGAGCAAAGAUGGCGGAGUCUGAGAGAGAGGCUCCGUCAGUUCUGUCUGCGGACUUCAUGAACUUCUCCCCUAAAGACUCGGCCUCGCGCUGGCUGGAGGCCCCCGACCUGCAGCAGGAGGUCUAUGGUCACCUGGCCCACUACGUCCCCCGGAUCCUCUGCCAGGGGCCCCACAGCGGCGGCGGCAGGGAGCAGCAGAGGGAGGAGCUGGCCACCCAGCUGCUGCUCCUGGCUCCUCUGGAGUGGUUCCUGCUGGGGGGGGAGCCGGCGUCCGGCCUGGCGAUGCUGCAACAGAACAACCGCUCCCCCCCGCUGUGCGGACGGGUCUUCAAGGUGGGGGAGCCCACCUACUCCUGCAGGGAGUGUGCCGCUGACCCCACCUGUGUUCUGUGUAUGCAGUGUUUCCUGGCCAGCGUUCACAAACAGCACCGGUACCGGAUGACCACGUCAGGAGGUGGAGGGUUCUGUGACUGUGGAGACACGGAGGCUUGGAAGACGGGUCCAUACUGUCAGAACCACACUCCUGCAGAGCGCAGCAGACAGGCGGAGGAGGAUCCCGUCUCCCUGCUUCCUCCUGACCUGGUAGCCAGGAGUUCCAGAAUCUUCUCCAUCAUCCUGAGGUACGCCGUGGACCUGCUGACCUGGGACCAGGAGGACCAGCUUCCUGCAGGCCUGGAGCCCCCGGAGCAUGGAGACACCUACUACUGCAUGCUGUUCAACGAUGAGGUCCACACGUAUGAGCAGGUGAUCUACACACUGCAGAAAGCAGUCAGCUGCAGCCAGAAGGAGGCGGUCAGCUUCGCCACCACCGUGGACAGAGAUGGCAGGAAGUCGGUCCGGUUCGGAGACCGUCAGUUCUGUGAACAGGCCAAGUCCAUCAUUGUUAGGUAUACCAGCCGGCAGUCCAAACCUCUACGGGUCCAGGUGAUGCACUCGUCUGUGGUGGCCCAUCAGUGUUUUUCUCUAAAGGCUCUCAGCUGGUUGGGACAGAUCAUCCAAUACUCGGAUGGUCUGAAGAGGAUUCUGUGCCAAGUGGCCCUAAAGAAAGGGCCAGAAGGAGAGAACUCUUCGCUUGUUGAUCGCCUGAUGCUUAACGACUCCAAGAUGUGGAAAGGAGCUCGGAACAUCUACCACCAGCUGCUAAUGAACAGUCUCCUUAUGGACCUCAAGUUCAAGAAGAUCUUUGCCAUCCAGUUCGCCAAGAACUAUGAACGCUUGCAGAGCGACUACAUCAGAGACGACCACGACCGUGAGUUCUCCAUCACUGACCUGUCGGUGCAGAUGUUCACCGUGCCCUCGCUGGCCCGGAUGCUGAUGGUGGAGGAGAACCUGAUGAUGACCAUCAUCAGAACCUUUGUGGACCAGCUACGUCACAGAGACCCUCAGGGACGCUUCCAGUUCGACCGCUACACUGCCCAGCAGGCCUUCAAGUUCGGCCGGGUCCAGAGCCUCAUUGGAGACCUCAAGUACGUCCUGAUCAGUCCGCCCCCUGAGUGGAGCGACCAGCUCAGGCUGAAGUUCCUGGACGGCUUUGAAGCCUUUCUGGACCUGCUGAGGUGCAUGCAGGGCAUGGACCCGGUGGUGAGACAGGUGGGCCAGCACAUCGAGAUGGAGCCUGAGUGGGAGGCGGCGUUCACCCUGCAGAUGAAGCUGACCAACAUCAUCUCCAUGAUCCAAGAGUGGUGCUCCACUGACGAGCAUGUUCUGAUCGGGGCCUAUAAGAAGUGUUUGAGCACGCUCAAUCAGUGCCACGGCGGCCUGUCUGAUGGCGAGCAGCCAAUCAGCUUGAGCCUAGCGGGUCACAGCCUGGACACCUUCAGGUACCAGGUGUCCCAGGAUAAGGUGUCCAUCCACCUGCCUGUGUGCAGAAUGCUGGCAGGGCUCCACGUUCUUCUCAGCAGGACAGAGGUGGCGUCUCGGUUCCCCGAGCAGCUGCCACUGGGUGAGCUCAGCCCCCACCUCCUCAUAGAGCUGCCUCUGCGCUGCCUGGUGCUCUGCGCACAGGUGCAUGCUGGGAUGUGGAGGAGGAACGGCUUCUCCCUGAUCAACCAGAUCUACUACUACCACAACGUGAAGUGCAGAGUGGAGAUGUUCGACAAGGACAUCAUGAUGCUGCAGGUGGGGGCCUCCAUGAUGGAUCCCAACCACUUCCUGAUGGUCGUUCUGAGCCGCUUUGAACUCUUCCACAUCUUCAGCUCUGUUGACAUCAGGAAGAGAUACAGAGAGGCCAAUAAGGACCUGGCUCAGCAGAACGCCUUGAUCGAGGAGAUGCUGCACCUCAUCAUCAUGGUUGUGGGUGAGCGUUAUGUUCCGGGCGUGGGCCAGGUGGACCCUCUGGAGGAGGUCAGGAGAGAAAUCGUCCACCAGCUCUCCAUCAGACCCAUGGCUCACAGCGAGCUGGUCAAAGCUCUGCCUGAGAAUGGCAAUAGGGAGACGGGUCUGGAGAGAGUCAUCGACAGCGUUGCCUCCUUCAGGAAACCCGGUGUGACGGGGAAGGGUCUGUACGAGCUGCGUCCUGAGUGGAACAAACACUUCAACAUGUACUUCCAUCACUACAGUAGAGCGGAUCAGUCAAAGGCUGAGGAGGCUCAGAGGAAGCUGAGGAGACAGAACGGCGAGGACACAGCCCUGCCACCUCCCCUCCCCCCCCCUCUCUGCCCGCUCUUCGGCAGCCUGGUGAACCUGCUGCAGUGUGACGUGCUGCUGGCUGUAGAGGGCGCCGUCCUGCAGUGGGCCGUGGAGCCGAGUGGAGGAGGCUGGACGGAGUCCAUGCUGCAGAGGGUGCUGCACCUGGUGGGCAUGGCUCUGCUGGAGGAGCAGCAGCAGCUGGAGAGCAGCAGCGGAGAUGAAGACGUCACUUUCACAUACAGCAACAAGAUCACACGUCCAGGUGAAGCUCCCAGCACCUCAGGAAGUGUCCUGGCUCUGCUGGAAAGUCUGCAGAACGCUCCUCACCUUGAGGUCCACAAAGACAUGAUCACAUGGAUCCUGAAGAUGGUUGAAAACAUCAAAACGAUCCGAGAACGGACCUCGUCCAGCUCCAGCAUCACCAUCAACCAGGGGAGAGGCCUGGAGGAGACCGUCAGAGACAAAGACAAGGCGGAGAGGAAGAGGAAGGCUGAGAUGGCUCGCCUCCGCCGGGAGAAGAUCAUGGCCCAGAUGUCUGAGAUGCAGAGACACUUCAUCAACGAGAACAAAGAGCUUUUCCAGCAGAGCAUGGAGGAGCUGGAGGCGUCCACAUCUGCUGCAGAGCACAGUCCUCCCAGUUUAGACCUGACCAGUGCCUCUCAGAUCUGCGUGGGGCCCAGGAGGAUGGGCUGGGCUGAGCGGCGCCAGUCGGUGACCUGCAUCCUGUGUCAGGAGGAGCAGGAGGUCAGGAGUCACGGCCGAGCCAUGGUGCUGGCAGCGUUCGUCCAGAGAUCCACCGUUCUGUCCCAGAACCGCGGCUGCAGCCUUCCGGAUCCAGAACAUCACGACCCAUUGUUCAUGCACCCUGAGCUCCGGGUGGGGAUCCACACGGCCAGCUGUGGACACAUCAUGCACGCCACCUGCUGGCAGAGGUACUUCGAGGCGGUCCAGCAGAAGGAGCAGAGACGGCAGCAGCGUCUGAGAGGACACACCAGCUACGACGUGGAGAACGGAGAGUUCCUGUGCCCGCUGUGCGAGUGUCUGAGCAACACUGUCAUCCCGCUGCUGCCGCACGCCGCCUCACCUGAUACCAGUGUGGAGCAUCCCUGUCUGGAGGCGUGGCUAAAGAGGACCAGUCAGCAGAUGGCAGCGUUAUGCUCCACCCACAGGAAGCAGUCACCUGGUGCAGCAGAGGAGGCGGCUCCUGAUGGUUUCAGAGUCGACUUUAUUCCACCAAACCCGUACUCCAGCGGCAUCAGCACCAUGAUCAACACCUUCAGCAUGUCGGCUUACAAGGUGGGCCUCAGAGUGAACCCCAACGAGCAGGACCCCCGGGUGGCAGUGCUGAGCUGGGCCACCUGCGCCUUCACCGUCCAGAGCAUAGAGCGCCUCUUGGAGGAAGAGAAGAAGCCGCUGUUUGGAAGCCUACCCUGCCGCCAGGAAGACUGCUUGAGCUCUCUGACCCGGUUCAGCUCAGCCUGCUGGACCUCAGCUCCUCUCAGAACCGUCCACGGUCAUUUCAUCAGGCUCAUGUCAGUUCUGGUUCCGGACCGCCAGGCGGACGACGGUCCCUGUAUCCUGGACAUCGACAUGUUCCACCUGCUGGUGUACAGCGUUCUGUCCUACAGUUCGGUCCAGAGUCUGGACCAAUCAGGACGCAGCUUUGAGGAUUCUGCUCAUCUCCACCUGCUGCACCUGACAACAGUGGCUCAGCUGGUCCAGAUCCUGCUCACCAUCCGGCCAGAGGAGCAGUGUAUGGAGCACAGUGAGCAGUCAGAGGAGGAGCAGCUCUCUUCUCAGCUCUACAUGUUCCUCCAGCAGCUUGUGGGCAGGGCGCUUCCUGAAGUGUCCUCUGGGUGGCAGCUGUGGACCAGCGUUAGAGCUGGCAUCCUGCCGUUCCUCCGGACCGCAGCGCUGUUCUUCCACUACCUGAACUCUGCCGCACCACCUACUGACCUCCUCGGAACAGGACCGGGUCAGUGGGAGGCUCUGUGUAGCUACCUCAGCCUGCCCUCCAACCUGCUGCUGCUCUACGAGAACCACCGUGCCCUACUGGAGCCACUCGUCAGCAGGUGGUGCCGCCAUCCAACUGUGGGACAGAUGCUUCAGGGGGGCGGAGCCUUGGUCAGGUACCCAAGAGAGUCCAACAGAUUGAUCAGCCUCCCAGAGGAUUACAGCAUCUUGAUCAACCAGGCCUCCAGCUUCACGUGUCCGCGCUCCGGCGGGGAUAAGUCCCGCGCUCCCACUCUGUGCCUGGUCUGCGGCUGCAUGCUGUGCUCUCAGAGCUACUGCUGCCAGACGGAGGUGGAUGGGGAGGACGUGGGGGCCUGCACCGCCCACACCUUCAGCUGCGGCGCGGGCGUCGGCCUCUUCCUCAGGGUCAGGGACAGUCAGGUGUUGUUCGUCGCAGGUAAAUCUAAGGGCUGCUUCUAUCCCCCUCCCUACCUGGACGACUACGGAGAAACCGAUCAAGGCCUCAAGCGAGGGAACCCUCUCCACCUCUGCACCGAGCGCUACAGGAAGAUUGAGCGUCUGUGGCGGCAGCACGGCAUCCCUGAGGUCAUCGGCCAUGCCCAGGAGGCCAAUCAGACGCUGGUGGCCAUCGACUGGCAGCACCUGUGAUCGCCCAACCUCAUUGGCUCUCAGCCUUGGCCCCGCCCACUAAUGAGCCUCUUCUUUGAACCAAUCAGUUUGCUGCAGCUGAGGUCAGCAGCCUUCAGGGAUCUUUUUUAGGGUGUUUCAAUCGUGACCUUUGACCUCUGACUGACCCCUUUUCAGUCGUCCAAUCAGAGGCAGCACAACUGACAUCAGUUUUUCAACCAGGGUCCCAUGGCCCCGUGACAUUUUCAUGAACUGGGUCACCAUGGCAACCAGGUGAGGGAGAGUCAUCCAAUGGCUGCUGGCCUCGUGGAAAAGAUCUGAACCGGAUCAACGGCCGGCAGAACCGGAUCGACCCCACUGCUGAUUGGUCAGCUGAUCCUCCAGGACGUCUGAGUUCUGACAGCUGGUUGGUUGAUUGGCUCAGCCAUCCUGUGUUGAUUAGGAAGUGGCUUUUAGUUUAGUUCUGCUUUUUGGUUUUAUUUAACGAACUGACUGUGAUGACAUCACUUCCUGUUUGAGUUUUUAGGAGUGGAACCCCGGGUCCAGUGUUGGCUCGGCUGCUCGCUCUGUCACUUUACCGUCACUUCCUGUGCAAAUGAGUUGGUCUUAUAGCAGAAAAAAAUAAAUAAAAAUGAAUUUAAAGAA